AUGUACUUUGUUACCUUUACAGACAGUGAAAACUGCAUCAGAUGCCCAGACAUGGAAUGGCCCAAUGAGAAGAGGAAUCAGUGUGUUACAAAAAUUGAACAAUUUUUAUCCUACACUAAUGAUAUCAUUUCCAUGUUUUUUUCAUUAAUUUCAAUUGUAUUAUUUCUCAUAACAGCACUAAUUCUGAGAGUUUUUAUUUGGUAUCGGUACACCCCCAUAGUGAGAGCCAAUAACAGGAGUCUCAGCUUCCUCCUCCCCGUCUCCAUCAAGCUGAGCUUCCUCAGUGUGUUUCUGUUCCUCGGUCGCCCUGUGGAUAUAACCUGCAUGCUGCGUAACAUCACUUUUGGAAUCACCUUCUCCAUAGCUGUCUCUUCUCUCCUGGCCAAGACUAUCAUGGUUUGUGUUGCCUUCAAGGCCACCAAGCCAGGGAGCUCAUGGAGAAAAUGGGUGGGAGUCAAACUGUCCAAUUCUGUAGUCUUGUUCUGCUCAUCCAUUCAAAUAAUAAUCUGCAUGACUUGGUUGGCCAUUUCUCCUCCCUUUCAGGAACUGGACCUUCACACUUACCCUGGAACCAUCAUCAUUCAGUGCAAUGAGGGCUCAGCUAUUGGCUUUUACUCAGUUAUUGGGUAUAUGGGGCUUCUGGCAGCUGUUAGUUUUGUUUUAGCAUUUUUAGCUCGGACAUUACCGGACAGUUUUAAUGAGGCCAAGUACAUC